AUGUCAACUACUAUUCAAAAUAUCGAUCAAGUAUCUAUUGCAAAGCAAUGUCUCUCUGAGACUACAGAUGCUAAGUCCUCUAUUCCAACCUGGCAAGAUAUUGAAAAAGCUAUAGUUAAUAUAGUAAAAGCAGGUGUCUAUUAUAAAAAAGAAAAGGAUGGCAAGUUUAUGCAAAAUUAUAAAAAGCGAUAUACUGAAUUACAUCAAGCUGAAGAUCCAGAUAUUUAUAUCUUGAACAAUGCAAAGAGAAUAUACCCUAAUGAGGAUAAAUAUAUAUCAAUGAAAAGUCAAUAUCAGGAAUGGUAUAAAAAUGAACCAAAAAUUCUUCAAGCUGUAUCAAAACUUAGUGAUUUAUAUUAUCAAUUAGCCAAAAACCACUUUGCUACUAAUGAAGAAAUCGAAGAAGAAGCAGAUCAAGUAUCUACAGAGGCUAAGUCCUCUAUUCCAACCUGGCAAGAUAUUGAAAAAGCUAUAGUUAAUAUAGUAAAAGCAGGCGUCUAUUAUAAAAAAGAAAAGGAUGGCAAGUUUAUGCAAAAUUAUAAAAAGCGAUAUACUGAAUUACAUCAAGCUGAAGAUCCAGAUAUUUAUAUCUUGAACAAUGCAAAGAGAAUAUACCCUAAUGAGGAUAAAUAUAUAUCAAUGAAAAGUCAAUAUCAGGAAUGGUAUAAAAAUGAACCAAAAAUUCUUCAAGCUGUAUUAAAACUUAGUGAUUUAUAUCAUCAAUUAGCCAAAAACCACUUUGCUACUAAUGAAGAAAUCGAAGAAGAAGCAGGUGAUUUCCUUAACUCUUGA